AUGAGCAUGGAGGCGCUGUACGCGUUGGCGCUGGAGCUCGUGGCGUUCUUCGGCUUCCUAUGCAUCUUGUUCAACGUUCUGCUCCCUGUGCUGGCCUUCGUCUUGCGCUUCGUGGCUGUUGAUGUGCCCCGCGAGUGGCGCAAAUGGCAGCUUCAUCAAGCUCAGCAGCACGAACUGAAGCGUCUGCAGCGUCAUGUCGAUGUGUUGACACGCAGGAAGCAAACGGAGGAGCAGGAGACUCGGCGCCGUGUAAGGACGUCAAGCGCCAAGAAACGGCAGCUGAUAGAGAAAACGCCACUGCAAGACGAGGGCAGUAUUGCCGAUAGUAGCUCCAUGCGGAAGGUAGAGUCGACUCCUCGACAGCAACGCCAUCGACUUAGUAUCCACUCGACGGCGAAGAAACCAGCAGCUAGUGGUGUUCGAGAACGCCUAAGAUCGAGGGAGCAGCAAGAGUUUUAA